UCGCCCUCCCACUUGGGAGAUACCCUGCCAGUGUGUUCUGUGUCACUCCACAGAAGUUCGGCAUUCCUGGUGGAGGAUGGGCUAGUGCUCGAAGGUGAAGUUCACCUGUGACCUGCGGCAACGUGAAUUGACUUGGAAGUCUCGGCUGAACCUGUGAAACAACCACAAAAUGUGAUCAGAAGUUUCCAGGAGAGCUCACUACAUCGCAGGAGGACUUAAAUACACUGGCAGACACCAGGGUUGCAAGGAUGCCACAGAGCAGGGUGAACAGUGCCCCCUGUCUGUACACUGCUCAUACGAGCGAGGAGGGUUCAGAAAUGUCUGAAAACUCAGAGGGUCUGACCUUUGACCUCUUUAACACGGUCACCACCUUAAGAAAUCUGAUGGCUUUCUUGGAACCUCUCAACAUUUCAUUCCGAUUGGUCAAGAACCUCCUGGGGUGGAAGAUUUGUUCCCUUCUCUGCGGUGUUCUCCUAAACGUUCUCUUUCUCACUCUCAGUGAAGAGGCCUGGCUCCUCCUGGGCCUGCUCUGCGUCUUUGCCCUGGCCAUCCUGGGCUACCUGAAGCAGGGCCCCAGAAGGACAGCGACCAGCCUGGCCCUUCGGAGGCAGAGGCCCAGCAGCGAGUCGAUGGAGGACCAGCAGGCGCUGGCUCUGGAGAUGAAAGCCUUGUUGCGGGAGCUGGAUGAGAUGCUGUCCCCGGCCUGCCUCUCGGCUGAGUCAGCCCACAGCCUGCUGUGCUGGGGGAGCUAUAGUGACUCUGCACUGUUUUAUGGGGCCCUCCUGGCAGUGCUGUACCUGCUGUAUAUGGCACCAGGGAGCUACACUCUGGUUGUGACCAACAGCGCCCUCUUCCUGUGGAAGGGUGAACUGCACCGAGUGGUCAGAAACAUGAUCUUUUGGCGGAGGUCUCCAAAGACAACAGAAGGACACUUUGAAAACCGGGAGAAGACCGCCUACCCUGGCGAUGCAAACAUCUCCUGGGAGGACCUGGAUGAGACUGAUGACCUGGACGCUGAGUAUGACUUUAAAGAUGCAAUCGAGGACGAUGACGAUGAUGAAGACUACGGUAUGCCACUAAUCAUCAGACGUGGAGCGCUAGUAGGUGAAAUUCCAAACCUUCACCAGAAGGGGCAGAAGCGAGCCAGGAGACGCAGACUCCAUUCCAGCAGCAACUCUGGUAACUGCUCACGAUGUCAGACCAGCUUUUCAGUGCUAAAGAAAAAGAAAAACUGCAGUAACUGCGGAAGCUCCUUCUGCACACGCUGCUGCUGCAAAGUACAGAGGUCCUGCCUGGACACCGCAGCUCCAGAGGAUCAGAAUGAGAUCGUGUUAGUCUGCACACUGUGCAGCGUGUCCCUCACCAAACAGGAAUAGAGCAUCCUCGUCCUCUCUCUCUCUCGCUUUCCCUCCCUCUCUCACUCACCCACUCUCUCUCUAACUCUCCCUCCAUCUUCCUCACUCACAAACUCUCUCUCCGUCUCUCUCCCUCACUCACUCUCUCUCCUCCUAUCUCCCUUUCUCAACUGAAUUAAAUUCAAAUUUUAUAAAUUUGAUUAAUGGAUACACAUAUGCUGCAAGGAUGUAAACAGUAAGCGCAGAAAAAAACAAAAAAAUUCUCUCUCUUUUGCAAUGAUUCAUUCAUGCAAACUACAUUUAUUAGCAUUACGGUCAAUAGCUGUUUCCACAGCAUUAUUUAACAAGACAAAUAUACGCCCAUCCCGUCCUCCCUGUUGAGGAAUAUCAACAGCAUUAACAUGACAGAAACCUUAAUAAAACUAUCUGUCUAUCUCUCGCUCCUCCCCUCUGUCUUUCUGAUGAGAUUCAGAGUGCAGUCUACUGUUGCUCAAAGCCCGUGCACAUGAUCCAUGCCGUUAUUGGCCAGGCAGAUUAACCGUUCAGGGAGUAAGAUCACAAAUAGGUCAUCAGAAUGCCCUCAACUGAACAUUCUAACGCUGAUGUAACAGCUACUGCUGGAGACUGAAGGGAAUUAAAACAGUGUUCUAGAACACCCGAGGGCCUUCUCAUCUCCGGUCCCUGCUCUGUACUGCCGUGGAGGAAGAGGGGAGAAGAAAGGAAGAGGGGGGAAGAGGGGAGAAGACAGCAGAAAGCCGCUGGAGUGUUUGCUUCUGCAUGAGUGCAUCAUGCACCAGUAGAGAAGGGUGCUCCACUAGAAAACAUAUGGGGGAGAAAAAACACACUGUGCUCUGCAAGCCUUUUUUUCUGUUCCAAGUCUCAUGAUAAAUUUAUGAACGACA